UUAUUGUAGUUUGAGAAGACAUGUGACUGCUUUUUGCGCAUCAUAGGGGUGUUUUGCAUGUUCCAAAGUGUCUGUCCAAAAAUGCUGUCUAUGUAGGCAGCUCACAAGGAUUUGAGUCACAUCCCGUGUGCGUCGUUGAGCGCGGUUCUCAAGCACACAGGAAGGGGAGAGAGCUGUUAGCUAGCAGACAGCGGGCAACUGUAAACAACUCACUUUUAUAAACCUCACAAAUCAAACAUACCUUACGCUGACUUGCUCAUCCAUUUGCAUGGCAUUUAAAAUGUUGCUUUAAAUGCGUGUAUGGCUGUAGACCCGCAGACUGUUGCAUUAUUACCGCAGGUUUGCGUUAUUUACAGAGCUGGGAUGCAAGCAGCUAGAGAAGCGCGUACCCGAAUGCACAGCUAAAGCUUCUGUCAACACGAACCGCUUUGCUUUCUUCAUUUCUCUCUUCUGUCUUAACAAUAAACACGGUUGAAAUGACAGGUCAUGUGUUAGGGAAUUAAAUAGUACCAAUCUGACUAUAAGCGUUGGUUUAAACGGUUUGUUAGCUUGUCGAAGGUUUGUUUUCUCAGUUAGCAUAUACGCUAAAGCUAACUCUAACAUCGUACAAAAAGCCUAUAACUCGAUCAUUUUUAUUAUUAUUAUUGACGUAGCGUCUGUAAAAGGUGCUCUAUCGGUCUAAAUGAAAUUCUAAUUUAUGCGAGGGUGACAUUUUAACUGUAUUAAGCUGGAUUUGAAAGAAAAACAGGAGUGUGGUUAUGUCAAAUACUGUAGUAUGAUGUUAAAAUGCUUAGAAAGGAGUCAAAGUUUCACUAAACAAGGCUUUGAGCUGGCUGGACCAAUACUAUGGAAGUUCCUGGAAGUGUCAGUGCAAUGCAGAUGAAGGUCCAAAGCAACAAAACUAAUGGACACCAACAGCCGAGAUGAAUUAACCAAAUGGUUUUGAAAGCCUUCAAUCAUGGGUGAUAUGAAGACCCCUGAUUUUGAUGAUCUCUUGGCUGCCUUUGACAUCCCUGAUGCAACCAGUCUGGAUGCCAAAGAGGCCAUUCAUGGGAAUCAAGAUGAGGGAGAGGGACACCUGAAGCACUCAGAGAUGUGUAUGGAUGCCACGGUUUUGAUCCCUCACCCAGUGCCUACAACUGAUGUCCCUGUUGUCAGUGUUAUAGUAAAGAACACCAGCCGCCAGAACUCCUAUGAAAAUCUUGUGGAGAAGGAAAGCUCUCAUUUGGGGCAGCUUUUACAAAAUGGGUUCAAAACUUCUGCAGGCUCACUGGAGACGCAUCCCUCUAGCUAUCCAAUGCUGGAUAGCUCUUCUGUCAAUGGGGACUGUUCAAGACAUUCCUUGGAAAAGAUUCCCAUCCUCUACAAGACUGAAAAAGUUCCCACUCCAUCAGCGCCUAUGCCUCAGUUUAGCCCAAUAUCUAGCCCGGAAUCUGAAGACAUUCAAAGCAAUGGAAUCAAUGACCGUCCAAAAUCUGCAGAGACCUCGUACUUCCCGUCUGAUUCACUCUUUACAUCUUCGGCUCUUCCUGUUUUAGACAGUCAUGGAAAUCCAGAUGCAUCAGACAAAUGCAAUGAAAGACAGCCUGGUUCAAAAGGUGUGGAUGAUCUUGAGUGUGAUGGCUCAUCAAAAAAUUAUGAUUCUGCGACUAAGAGGGACUGCAUCCAAGAUUGUGGAACAAAUGCAUAUCCAACCCCCGAGACGACUGUUCCUUCUUCCAGUCCAUGCGUCAAAGAUCAUACCUCCAGAUUGUCUUCUUGUCUUGAUGCAUUAGCAGCCCUAAAUGCUAAAAAGGAUCCUGGUGGGCAAACUAAUUCAAGGGACUUUUCAGUUACCCCGAAAGAGACAAUGAAAAUUAGUCCAAAAAUACCCAUUUCGCCAAGGAGCCCAAGAAGUCCUCUGGAAGUGGUGAAACGUUACGUGAAACAGCCUGACAGCCCAAUGAGUAUAUGUAGUGACAGCAGUGGUAAAGCAUCUCCAGCUGUCGCUACUGGCUCGCCUCCAGCCAUCCCACGAGUCAGAAUAAAGACAAUCAAAACCUCAUCUGGAGAAAUCAAACGCACCGUCACGAGCAUAUUGCCAGACUCUGAGACCGAAGAUCUCACGUCACCAUUUGGGUCUUCGCCAUCUCAGUCCUCAGUUGAAGAUGCCUUCUCGAAAACGUUGCCUAUGUAUCGUUCAAAUGAUAACAUUUCGGAGGUCAUUUUUGAAGAUGGAAAUCAGGAAGCCUCGAAGACUGCUUUAUUGGGGGGCAAAUCCAGCACGAAAUCGGUGAGGAGCUCAAAGAAACCUCAAACCCCAAAUAACAGUCAUAACCUAAAGACAACGCAAGGGGGGAACAAGCAAAGGAAGGCUUCUUCUGCUCAGAUGGGUUCUUCUGCUAAUACAAACUACCUUCCGAAGGCAUUACACUUGGCAAACCUAAAUCUAGUCCCGCAUAGCGUGGCUGCCUCGGUUACAGCAAGGUCUUCCACUAACAGACAGGAGCCCUCUCACUUGUCAUCAUCAAUGGUGUGCAGUUCUGUACCAUUGGUGCAUCAAGUUAAAAAAGUCUCCCCAAACACACGAGCUGUUGUCCCUAAUACUGCAGCUGGAACCUUAAACAGACUGUUGAAUUACUCAAACCCAGUGCCAACAUAUGUUCCUGACCUGAGCCCACCACCAGGCACCAAUAUCAAGCUCCCACCGCAAGGCUAUUGCUGCCUAGAAUGCGGAGACUCAUUCGGGCUGGAAAAGAGCCUUGCUUACCAUUACAGCCGGAGGAGUGUGCAUAUUGAAGUUGCAUGCACGCACUGCUCCAAAACAUUGGUGUUUUUCAACAAAUGCGCUCUCCUGGCACAUGCUCGCGAACACAAGAACAAAGGCAUGGUGAUGCAGUGCACUCAGUUGUUUAUGAAGCCCAUUGCUGUUGACCAGAUGUUGGCACCCACCAAACCUAAGCAGUCCGUGAAUCAGAUACCUUACGGGAACAAAACCACAGAGUCAUCCAAAGGCCAAGCAGUCUUGCCACUUUAUACCGACAAAGUUAUUAGACAUGGAUUCAAAUGUCUGGACUGUAAUAAACAGAUGUCAGACUACACAGCACUUGCAGGUCACUAUCAGAGGUCAUCGGAGGCUGAAGGUCUGAUAUGCAAGGUUUGCUCAAUGCUGCUACCCAACAAGUGCAGCUACAGGGCCCAUCAACGCAUUCACACACACAAAUCCCCUUACUGCUGUCCUGAAUGUGGGGCACUCAGUCGCUCGGCGGACAUCCAGAAGCAUGUGAAAGAGAAUUGUCUCCACUAUGCCCGUAAAAUUGGGUUCUCGUGUCUGCAUUGUGAAAUGCUUUUCAUGUCACUGUCCCUCUUGAAGAGUCACAUUGAGGAGAAGCAUUGCGAGGUCUUCUAUAAGUGCACUAUCUGUCCUGUAGCCUUCAAAUCUUCUGAUGGAUGCCUGAUGCAUGUUAAAAACAAGCAUGGAGGCAGUGAACCCAGCCAUCAGGUGAUCUACAAAUGUUCCUGUGAAACAGUCUUUAAGAGGAAGCAGCUGUUGUAUCAACAUUUUCAUCAUCGAAUUUGUGUGUUCAAGUGUCCAGAGUGCACUUCAUUCUUCCCAGAGAAACUACUUUUCAUGCAACAUUUCAAGGCUAAUCAUUGGAGCAUUUUCAGAGUUGAAGCAGAAAAAAGCCCCAAAAAGACAGAGACAGUAUCAUUCUCUGAUAAAAUGUCACCACCAAACCUUCAACAAAGGUUGACCAAACCAGUUAAUGAGGCCGGCAUGAAGGGAAGAGAGAGUUCUGCUGCACGGAAGUCAAGUGCUGGAGUUAGUAUGAAGAAUGCUGGUUGGACCUGUGGAGAAUGCCUCGUGUGGGUCCCUGACAGGGAGACCUAUGUCAAUCACGUGAAGACCAGCCAUGGCAGGUCUUUAAAGAGGCAUCCUUGUCGACUAUGUGAAAGGUCCUUCAAUUCAUCCUUGAGUCUUAAACGACACAUUCGCAGUGACCACGAUGGGAAAAAGAAAGUUUACACAUGCUGGUACUGCACAAAUGAGAGGAUAUCCUUCACUAAACACUCAAUGCUAAAGAACCACAUCAGCUUGAUGCAUGGAAUCAAGAACCCAGAUUUCAGCCAGAUGGCAAAGCUAGCAUCUCAGGAGGUGGGCAAACCCACAGGCCAGAGGCCGAAAAGAAGAGCAGAGGAGGCUCAUGGAGUAGCAGGAAAUGGGGAAACAUCAUACAACACCCCUGCCAAGCGGCCUAAGCCACUUUAUCGCUGCGCCAAAUGUGGCUUUACCUCUGAAAACCAGGCCCAGUUUCAGAAACACAUACCUCAACAUAGAACCGACAGCGACACACCCCAGUGCCAACACUGCGGCCUUUGUUUCACAUCUCAGCUAGCACUCAGCAGACACCUCUUCAUUGUACAUAAGGUCAAAGAACCAGAGGAGCGUGAGGAGACGGGGAAAGGACGAGAAAACUCAACAGACUUGAGCGAUGAAACUGGACCUCUUUCGCCAAAAAAGACCGCGGAGGACCAAUGCAAACUCCACACUGAGCCCACAGACAGCAACAACACACAGGCAUCAGAAACAAGUGGAUUUGAGGAAGAAAACGCCUGAAUAGAAGAAAGGACUCCAGUGGAAAGCUGCUAAUCAACAUAAUUGCAAGCAUGUGAUUGCUGAAUAUGCAGCUGAUAAAUGUGGUACUGCAAACAUGUUGCCUUACAGUGAAAUACUAUAUCUCAUCAUGUCGCAUAUAUCACAUAUAUGAAAUAAUGUUUAAAACAGUCUCUCAUUUGCAUUAUUUGGAUUAACUUAAAGGGACAGUUCACCCAAAAAUGAAAACUUUGUCAUCGUUUAUUCAUCCUCAUGUUGUUUCAAACAUGUAUGAGUUUCUUUCUUCUGCUGAACACAAAAGAAGAUAUUUUGAAGUAACCAAACAUAGUAGGGGGGAAAAAAAUACUAUGGAAGUGAAUGGCUAUUGUCAACCAACAUUCUUCAAAAUCUUUUGUGUUCAUCAUAAGAAAAAAACUCAUACAUGUUUGGAACAACUUUAAGAUGAGUAAAUGAUGACAGAAUUUAAAUUUUUGGGUAAACUAUCCCUUUAACUGUUACAUUCAUGCAAUUAAUUGUCACUUUUUACUGCUUACUUGUUCAUCCUAUGUAUGUGGAUAAUCAUAAUUUAUUUUUGUGUAAUUGCAAAAGCAUCAUGUCAGUGUGUUUCAGUGUUUCUCUAAAGAGCAAUUGUAUGUUUUUGUUUAUGUACCACGUCAAAUCUGUCUUUGGUACAUUACAAUGCAGGUAAUAUUAUGUAUGUUACAUAUUGUAGCCAUAAGUGGGACAGUCAUUUUGGCUGUUUUCAGGGUCACCAAAAAUGCAGAAGAAUUUAGCCCCUUUGUUGGUCAAUCUUAUGCUGUGAUGGUCUUGAAGGAAGGGCAUGUCUGAUGAUGUUUAUUUUAUAUUUAUUAGGUAGCGUACUUGUAUCACAAAGCUAAACAUCUGUAACAGUAUUUGCUACUAUGGAGAUUACAUUAUUCUGAAAGGUAUUCACUUAAACCCAGGUAUCUGCACUCAGAGAAAAUAUAUUUUCAUAUUCAUUCCAUGUAGAUUACUAGUUUCAAUUACAUUUAUAUUCAAUGAGCCAUUCUUACAAUCAAAUUUAGCACUUUUGUAAAUGCUUGUAUGGAAAAAAAAAGAGAAGAAUUUACAUAUUAAAGACAUCAGAGACUCAA